AUGACUCCUGGUUGGCUAGUCAUUAUUCUUGGCUGCGUUGGACAGUUGAGUGCCCAGAUACUUAAUAAUACUCAGACCAGAGAUCUAGAAUUGUUGGAAGGUAGACUACUUCGAGUACUCUCGAGACUAAAUCUAGAGGAAGAGUUCAAUACUUUGUUGGUCUACGGAAAGGAAUGCGUGUUCCAUUCGCUUUUGAGGAAACUCGAGAUACCCACAGUCACUAUACCAUCAGGAAGUACCGAUUAUGAUUGGAAUUUUAGUACAGCAACCCUAGUACUAAGCUGUGGAUCUGAGGCGGAAAAUGAAGAGAAUUCGUACACCCUACUGAAGUUGCAGAGAACCAGACGUCUGAUUUAUCUAGAGGGAAAUAGUGAGCCCGAAGCUGUUUGCAUGAAGUACUCCCUGAAGGAGCAGCAUAACAUAGCCAUGGUCAAGUCGGACUUCGAUCAAUCGGAUACCUUCUAUUCCUGUCGCUUCUUCCAGACACCCAACUAUGUAGAAGGCCACUUCUUCAAGGACCAACCUAUCUACAUUGAGAACUUUAAGAACAUGCGUGGUGCUGCUAUAAGAACUGCGCCAGAUAGUUUGGUGCCUCGAACCAUGGUUUAUCGAGAUGCAAAGUCCGGUGAGACUAAGAUGUUGGGUUACCUGGGACACAUGAUGAACACCUAUGCCCAGAGGCUGAAUGCCAAACUGCAGUUCAUAGAUAUAACGGCGUUCGGGGUCAAGAAGGCCAGCGUCAUGGAUAUAAUGAACUGGGCCAAGGAGGAUGUUGUGGACAUUGGCACAUCACUGGCGAGUUCCUUGCAGUUCAAGAAUUUGGAUACCGUCUGGUAUCCUUACCUGCUGACCGGCUACUGUCUAAUGGUGCCAGUUCCUGCCAAGAUGCCCUACAAUCUGGUGUACUCGAUGAUAGUGGAUCCCCAGGUUCUGAGCAUCAUCUUCGUCAUGUUGUGUCUCUUCUCCGUUCUGAUCAUCUACACGCAACAUUUGUCCUGGCGGAACCUCACCCUGGCCAACGUCCUGCUGAACGACAAGAGUCUACGGGGCCUUUUGGGUCAAUCGUUUCCAUUUCCGCCGAAUCCAAACAGGCAUCUCAAGCUGAUCAUCUUUGUCCUGUGCUUUGCCAGCGUUAUGAUCACCACCAUGUAUGAGGCCUACCUGCAGUCGUAUUUCACGCAGCCUCCAUCCCAGCCAUACAUUCGAUCCUUUCGAGACAUUGGAAACUCCUCACUUAAAAUGGCAAUCAGCAGGAUGGAAGUGAAUGUCCUCACCUCCCUGAACAACUCACAUUUUCGGGAAAUAGCCGAAGAUCAUCUGCUGAUCGUCGACGACAUUUCCGAAUACCUAACCCUGCGCGACUCCUUCAACACAAGUUUCAUAUUCCCGGUAUCCGUGGACCGUUGGCAUGGCUACGAGGAGCAGCAGAAGCUAUUCGCUGAACCCGCCUUUUACCUGGCCAGCGAUCUCUGCUUCAAUCAGUUCAUGUUGUUCAGUCCCCCGCUGCGACGCUACUUGCCCCAUCGACACCUAUUCGAAGACCACAUGAUGCAGCAGCAUGAGUUUGGCUUGGUGGAUUUCUGGAAGAGUCACAGCGUCAUCGAAAUGGUCAGGCUUGGCCUGGCAUCCAUGGAGGACCUUAGUAAGCAGAGAAAAGUUGAGGGGAGCCUCUUGCUGGACGAUAUCUCGUGGAUACUUAAGCUUUAUCUGGGAGCCAUGUUGAUUAGUAGUGGUUGCUUUAUACUGGAGAUAUUGCGUUGCGGAGAGAGAUGCAAACGGCUAUGGCAGUGUAGAUUGUAA